AUGCAUUACAUCCAUUUCGUCUUCUUCUAUUUCCUUCAACUAAGCCAUGCUCAAACUAUUGAAGCGCAAACGGUACAGACAGAGCCACUGGAUUUAUCAAUGUCAAAAAUAAGAAAGGAACAAAGUGAACAACAAGAGCAACAUGUUUUAGUCAAAGAAGAAGUGGAAAAACCGGCAGAAUUAUUAGAUUUAUCAGCUGAAAAAGAGAAUAUUGAACAAGAUAGUUAUGAACAACAGGAAGGAUUAUUGAAUUUACCAUUCAAGAAGCGAUUCAAGAAAAUCCAUCGCUCUUCAGCUAAUGAUGCAAUUAGUAAAAAGGUAGAGUUAUUGCAUGAGCAAAGAGCUGAAGAAGGACAUAAAAAAAAAGAGUGUGAAAAGUAUCAAAAGGUAGUAGGAAACCAUAAUCGGCAUGUGAUAAGUCAUACCCCUGAAAAGCUAAAUUAUUGUCCUGUAUGCAAGAGACCAUUCAGUUACCUGGCAAAUAUGAGACGUCAUAUGAAAGCUGUUCAUAGCUUAUAG